AUGUCCCUGGCGGCCUCAGCGGGCAGGGGCCUGGGGGCCGUGUGGUCCCCAACGCACGUGCAGGUGACGGUGCUCCAGGCUCGGGGCCUGCGGGCCAAGGGCCCCGGGGGCACGAGCGACGCGUACGCAGUGAUCCAGGUGGGCAAGGAGAAGUACGCCACCUCCGUGUCGGAGCGCAGCCUGGGCGCGCCCGUGUGGCGGGAGGAGGCCACCUUCGAGCUGCCGCCGCUGCUGUCGGCUGAGGCAGCGCCCGCCGCCGCCGCCACCCUGCAGCUCACCGUGCUGCACCGCGCGCUGCUCGGCCUCGACAAGUUCCUGGGCCGCGCCGAGGUGGACCUGCGGGAGCUGCACCGGGACCAGGGCCACAGGAAGACCCAGUGGUGUACCUUGAAAUCCAAACCGGGGAAGAAGAAUAAAGAACGAGGAGAAAUUGAGGUUGACAUCCAGUUUAUGAGAAACAACAUGACCGCUAGCAUGUUUGACCUUUCCAUGAAAGACAAGUCUCGGAAUCCCUUCGGGAAACUGAAGGACAAGAUCAAGGGGAAGAAUAAGGACAGGGCGUCAGAUACCGUGUCAGCCAUCCUCCCCAGCGUGACGCCCUCGGCUGACAGCGAUGACGAGUCUCCUUCGAAAGACAAGAAGAAGAAGUCAAAGCUCAAGACCUUCUUUUCCAGGCCCAACCUGCAGAGAGCACCACUUUCCCAGUCCAUGUCUGUCCUGCCGACUGCAAAGUCAGACAAAGUGCUGCUUCGUCCUGGAGACUUUCAGUCCCAGUGGGAGGAUGAGGACAAUGACGAGGACAAGUCCUCCUCUGCCUCGGACGUCUUGUCUCACAAGGGAACGGCAAGUGUGGAUCCUAAGCAGCUGAACCAGAUCCACUUCAACCCCCCCAAGAAGGAAGGACUCUCCUUCCUGGGAGGGCUUCGGUCUAAGAAUGACAUCCUUUCCCGCUCGAAUGUUUGUAUCAACGGGAACCACGUCUAUGUGGAGCAGCCCGAAGCCAAGAGCGAGACCAAGGGCAGCUCCCCGGCCUCCUCGCCAUCCCCCCAGGGCCUCAGGAAGAAGCAUUUGUUCUCAUCUACAGAAAACCUGGCCUGUCGGCCUCUGAAGGAGCCUGGGGAAGGAGGUGCAGGGCCUUCCGAGUCUUCCACAAAGGACUUUCUCAAGUCCACGUCCCUGCCAUCCUACCAGCCGCUGGCCAGUGGGGACCUUCGGGAGGACGCGGCUCUGGCAACCUUGGAGGCUGCGAAGGAAACCAAAGAGAGCAAGAAACAGGAGAACAAGAAGCCCUCUCUGCUCUCGCUGGUGACCGGGAAGAAGGACCCGGCCAAGGGCAGUGAAGGCGAGAGCCCGCCGGCCGCCCCCAGGAAGGAGAGGGAAGGCAUGCCCGUGGCGGUCAGAGCCGGUGAGGACCAGCCGGGGCCUGUCGAUGGCCCUGUGAAGAGAUCAGACGAGGAGACUGCGGCCAUUGUCUCUGGACGGGGCAGAGCCCCGAACCCCUUUGAAGACAUGCAGAUCCCAGAACCAGAAGCUGACCCAGAGCCCAAGCCUGCACCAGCACCACCUGUUCCCUCACCCGGGGCUCCCCGGACCAGAGCUGUGAAACCCCGACUGGAAGUGUCUCCAGAGGCUCAGCCCGCACCCAUGCUCCCUCCUUCCAGUCUCUCUCCUCUCGUGUUCUCUGCUCUCCCUUCCAGUUCUGGUCAGACACCCGUCCCUUCUAAACUGGGGCAUGAUUCAGAGCCACAGUCCUCUGAAUCUCCUCCUGGCUCCUCUUUCUCCUCUCCUGUAGCAGCCCCCAUUUCCACAUCCACUCCCAUUGAACACUGGCCUCCCGCAGAUGUGGGUGAGGCCAGUCCUGAAGAACCGCCUUCGCUCCUUGAACCAGAGCUAGAAAAGGAGAGUUUGACACAAGUUCCAAGUACUGUUCCUUGUGCUGUGGGCUCGCUUUCCAAACAGACACCCAUUCCAGUGGGGAAAGGGCUGGAAGACUCUCCAGUGGGGAAGACCAGCACUGAUGACCCAGGACAGUCUCUCCAGGCGCAGCCUGAAGUGGGGCAAGAAGAAGACGAGCUUCUGGGGUCUCCCCCCGGAAAACAACAAGGCGCCGUCCCUUCAUCUGUCGAGGCCCGAGAAGUAACGUCCACCACUGCGCUCAGAAGAGGCGGGAUGGGCAGCCCUGCCGGGGAGCCCCCAAGGCAGGGAGCCUCAGGCUCUGCGGGUCAAUCUAGGUCUCCCGUGGGGGAUGCAGAUGGGGGUGGCGGGAUGAGGCCUGCAGUUAAGGAAGUGGUGCCCCCUGUUCCCGUGGGCGAGUUGGUGCCUCCACUUGACUCUGCGAUGCAGAGACACGAAGAGAUGGGUCCAGAUGCCUGUGAGGGCAGAAAGGAAAUCGAGGGGCAGGUGUUGUUUUCCGAGCAGCUCUCUAGGGAAGAGGCGGGGGAGCAAGCCCCUGUGCUGGUCCGCGGGGACAGAGGUGACCCCCAGGAGGUGACGCCACAAAGGGCUGCCCCUGGAAAUGCGUGGGACACGGGACAUUCCCAGGAGGGUGCGGCUGUGGCUGGACCCCGGCCCGCUGCCCUGGCAGCUCGCCCUCCCCACCCAUCCUCCAAGGGGAGCUUCUUGGGGGACCCCGCGCAUGCGGCCAGCUCGGGGAGAGAUGGUCCCUGUCUCAGGAGUCAGGGAGAUGACACCCGGAUGGCGCGGAACCAGAGCAAAGCCAGUGACCACAAGGGUCUGCUGUCUGACCCCCUGCUCGGCCUUCAUUCCGCCUGCGAGGCAAAGCUCCCAGUCCCGGCCCAUCUGGACUUGACCCUGCCUUCCAUCCCCGAAGUCGCUUCAGAAGAUGAGAGAGGAGAUCAGCUUGAAGAUGACAGAGGGGUGGCCCCAGUGGCAGCUCUGGGAGGAGGGGCUUCUUCCCCGAGCACGUGGCCCGCCCGUGCUGAGCGGGAGAGGGCGCCCAGCGGGGAGGCUGGCGGGUCAGCAGGGGUCCUGCGCGAGGCCAGGCCGGGAGCGCCCAGAGCACCUGCCCCCGCUUCUGCAGAGCAGACCACAGCCUUGGCGGUUCAGGAACCACAGUCGCCGGGCCCCGGUGACAGCGGGGAGGCAAAACCAGUGGGAGAUGGGAGGCCGAGUCAGCCUCCAGCCACAGCCCUGGAUUCCCUUGUGUCCGGCCCCCCCUGUUCUGAGCCCUUUCCUGCCACACGCUCUUUUCCCACCUGUGCACACUCUGACACCCACCACACCAGUACAGCAGAAUCUCAAAAAAAAGCAGCAGUCGAGGGCUCCGCGGGUAAAGUGGAAAAUUCUGGCAAGAGGAAGCCGCUUCUUCAGGCCUGGGUCUCACCCUCAGACACACAGCCAGUCUCGGCUCAGCCAAGCGCUGGAAGCGGGUCGGCCAAGCACAGACUUCAUCCCGUGAAGCCGAUGAACACGGCAGCCACCAAGGUCACUCUCUCCAGCUCGGGAACUGCCACCGUCAUCAGUGAGAACUUGGUCAACGAAGCCAUGAUGAAGAAAUACAAGCCCUCGGAACCCGCGUUUGCUUAUGCACAGCUGACCCACGACGAGCUGAUCCAGCUUGUCCUCAAACAGAAGGAAACGAUAAGCAAGAAGGAGUGUCAGGUGCGCCAGCUGGAAGACUACAUCGACAACCUGCUGGUCAGGGUCAUGGAAGAGACCCCCAGCAUCCUCCGGGUUCCCUCUCAGGUUGGCAAAAAAGCAGGAAAAAUGUGA